GAAUUGCGGUUAUUUCAUUAACACGAACAGGAAGUAAAGAUGUUUUACGGAUGAACAUAAACGUAUUUAAUAAAAACGUUUGACUUUUUUAUAUAUCACUUAUGAAAUGGAUUUUGUGUGUUUUAUGCUUCCAAAAUAUAUUUUUCCGCGAUUUGAUAAUGCCCAUGCAAAGUCCAUUGAGCUCCAGUCUAGAUAUAAUUGUUUGUUUUCCAAGCCGAAAAGGGAACAUUUGCAGGAAUGUAAUUACGUAAAAGUGUAUUUAUGCAAAGAAAGACAUGAAACUCAAUUUCCAAUAGAAAUCAAUACUAUUAUUGCUGAAACAGUCAUAAAUCUUAAGCUUGAACCGGGACAAAAAUACAAUCAAGAAAUAUUAAUUCUUUUAUAAACAGUCGAACGGCAAAUGACAGUACUAUUUCAUUGCUGGUUUUAGACAGCAAAAAGAAACUCAACGCAUUUGAGCAAACCAAAGUCCAUAUUGUUGUGGUAGCAGAGAAUGAUCAUACUAAGACAAAACUAGAGGAGGAAUUUAAGCUGGAUGUUAAAACAGAAAUAACUGUUGCAAAGAAAGAAAACAUUUCAAAUGAAAUUGAUAAUUUGUUAGAACGUAUUUCGCUAGCACCAUUGAAACGAAUAUGUGAAAAAUGCUACGAUAUGCUGAAAGUAAAGGACGCUUCGAUAGAAUCGUCGACUACCGUUCAGCAAACUGAACUUUCUGAUAUAUCGCAGAUUAUGAACAAGUACAGAAAAGUGGAUAACAGCUAUGAUUCGAAAUGUGCAGGAAUGCUUUUAAAUCAGCAGGUUGAAUAUGAACGCGGUCAUGAGCAUAUGUCAAUAGAGAAGAAAGCCGGAUUACCACUAGAGCGUGCGUCUCCUAGUCUCCUUGGUUCUGCAGUACCCGACAAUUUUGACCUGUCGCUAGUUGAAAGAACAGCAAAAAGUAAAGCCUAUAUGAAAAUGUGUAAAGCAAACAAAGUAAAUGUCUCCUUGCAUACGUCAACAACAAUAUACACCAGGAGCCGAUCACAUCUAGAAUCUGAGUGUAUACCAAGUGGCUUGAAACAAACCGUUUCCAAGACAAAUCCCUGUGCCAAAAAAGACAAUAAAGGGCAUAUUUGUGAAGGAUCAGAUGAAGCAGACAGAGCAAUAACAACAAAAGGCAAAAGGAGAAAAAAGGAGCUCUUGGACAAAACUGUUUCGUCAGACGUAGAAUACAAAUCAUCUAGAAAAUAUCAAAUACAGGAGAAAGAAAACCCAGAGCGCCUUCUAGAAGCAAUUCUUGCCCUUUACGGAAUGAGUAAUGUUCCCGAAACAGAAAGGCCUGCUGUUCCUAAGCACAGUAACCAAGUUAGCAAAGAGAUACGUAAUGAAGUUUUCAAAAUCAGUCCCACAAUUAAAAGAAUGGGUUAUCGUUACCGAACAUUUUACAUAUAUGCCGUUAAACCCAAAUGUCUGGCAGAUGAGGAAAUGAGAAGGAAGCAAAUUUGUUCUGUUCUGAAAAGGUAUGGUAUUUACCGUUUCGAAAUAGCUCCAUGUGCUGAAAAUAUCACGGAAUUUAUGCACGUUGGAGAGGAAAUAAAAGUUAUUUCAAAUACACCAUACUCGCUUAGACCACGAAGAGUACGUGAACCCGGGACUGUCAAAGGCGGCACGCUCGGUUGUUUUGUAAGUAUGAAUGAUGGAGAAGGACAAUGCGGUCUUCUUUCUAAACACGUUUCUGAACAUUGCAGCGAUGUAUAUUAUGUUGGUAAAGGUAACAAUAAAAUUAUCGGUCAUAUGCUAGAAAGCACAAACAAACAUCAACCAAAUGGUCUUGAUAUUUCCGCUGCAUUAAUGAACGAACCUAUAAGUGAAGAAGGAACAAUGUUCAAAGACACACGGCAAGUUCUUUUGAAAGGAAUGUUAUACGAAUACAUUGAAAAUCAAGAGGAUGCAGUAUGUAGAAGCGAACAGUCUGUAUAUAUUUACGGAGCAAAAUCAAAUCCUGGUAAAGGUGAAAUUACAAUGCCGUUUAUUGAUAAUGGACUCUCAACUAUCUUAAUUCAAGUAGAAGACCAGGUAUGUUUCGAUGGAAACCGCCAAGGACGUUUUGCAGAAAAAGGCGACAGUGGCGCAAUCGUGUGCGUCGAGGAUCCACAUAGGAAAGAGGUACAUGCCGUAAGCAUGGUAAUGGGGACGCCAGACUUAGAGGAUUCUCCAUCUGCAAGAAGAACGUAUCUAACAAUUCCGUUAUCAAAAGGAUUACAACAGUUACAAAAUGAUACUGGAAAACAAUUUAAACUUUGCUAACUGUGUCAUUCAUAUCUAAUUUUUGGUAAAGACUAUAUCGAUUGUUUUUGACAUGAGAUUGUUUUUGAAAAUAUAUUGAACAAAAUUGUUCAUAUUUUUUAACGACAAUUUAAUGCAUAUUCAAGUAAGGAAAGGAAAUAAUGUUUAGAUUAUAUAUCAACAAAUGAUCAUUAUUUUUGAAAUAAAAAGUAAGUAAACCUUUGAUCAACACAUGGCAUUUUUCAAAACAUUCAACUAAUACUUUGAGCAUCAUUAUUGAUAUUUUGGCCUAAAUCAUAUCUUAAAAUUAUUUAUUUUAAUGUUGCUUUUUAAGUGUCAAUAAUAUCAACAAUAAAAACAUGUUGUAGAUUCCGUGACAUUACCCGAAAUCUGAGAAAAUGUUAUGUCCGCCAUAUUUUCCAUCCAAAGUGUACUUCUGUUAUUCUUUAAAGUUGAUUUUAAAGAAAUCAAGCUUAACAGCGGUUUACAAUGUAUGAUAAUACUUACAACUAAAUUAUAUUUCAGAAAAUGAUGUAGUUGUUACCAGAGUUACAAAUUUGCACAUGUAGAUUCUUAUGGUUUAGUAGCCGGAAGUACUAAUUAGUUUGACUGAGUUUACCAUUGUGUGAUUAUGGUAGCCGAUUCUGCAUUAUAUUUCUAUAGCUAAAUAUAAUUGGUAAUUCAUUACAAAAAAUCUUCCGAAAAUAUAAUUCUCUUAGCAAUCACUAAGUUUUAGACUCAUCCACCUGCAAUUGGUAACUCUAAUAUCAAACCCAGUGCAGGAAGCUCUUACAUAUUAAAGUCUCAUUGCGUUGAUCUUGAUCAGACUAACAAUAAGACAUUUCGUGUAUUUAUCAUUACACCGAAUCAUUUAGCUAGGAUCAUGUGAAGCGCCGUAUCAAUCAGACUGUAUUUAUCAGGCUGGCUUCAAUUUACUCACCUCACUAUAGACAAUCAUUGUUGUUGUCCUAUGAGUUGCUUAAAUGUAUUCAAAAAUACGUAAAUUAAAUUCGUUUUUAAACUAAGACCUAUUGUUACUUUAAGGUAUUGCCUGCUGACACCAAACUGAACAAGAAACAUUUGCUCAUAAAACUUGUUAGUUAAUUUGUAAUACUGUCCAACAGAACGGUAUAUUUCUAACAUCAAAAUUUAAUCACACAGUUUCGAAUCUUUUGUUCUAAGCUUUCAUCAGCUAUCAAUCGAAAACCAUUUUCUGAAUAGUACCAAUGUGACGGUAAACUAAAAAAUACUGAAUAUAAAUCCAGUAUAAGUUAUGUAAUGACCGAAGUCAAACAUCAUAUAAAAAUCACAUGUUACACAGCAGUAUUUAAGAAUACAAAGCCGAAAAUGUAUUGUCUUUAAGAACGCACAUUGUUACGUAUUGUUAAGAAAAAAUGGAGAAGAUUGAAACGUACAGUUUAUUAUUAUUAUUAAGUUAAAAUGAUAAGGGUCACCUACAUAAAAUAUGCAAAUGACGCUCUUGUAUUCUUGGACUAUCGCAUUCUAUUGAUUGCAUACUGUUUCGAGGAUAUUGCUAAAGUUACCGUUACCAGACUAACAAUAAGCUUACAGUUAGUUAUGAUUCAGAAAAUUUCGCCUAAUUCAAGUUUGUAAAGUUCAAAUCUUGAAAGUAUUCUUUUUUUUUUUUAUUUUGGCGCAGCGUUAUUCAUACAACAUUAGCACAAGACGGCAUUUUGCACCUUGGAUUUAUAUGAAAUUAUACAUUUGCGUCUGAACAUGUGUUGUUGAGUUAAAAGUUUAUAUACUUGUAAGCAGAUUAUUAGAAUGUUUAUACAUGUACUUUAUAAAAUUAUAUCAUUUAUGAACAUAUGCACGAAACCUUUUAUAUUUGUUUGCACACAUUAAGUCCGCCUUAGACGUAGCAACUAUGAAUCUGUCAGACUGAGUGUCAAGCAACGUGAAUAAAAAACAGAUGGUAUACAUGUACUAGGGUCAUUUAAACAUGCUUCACUUUCAUAAACUUUUGUCACUUACAAAAACUAAGCACUAAACAUAAUUAUAUAUAAAUGUGUCUUGUGACCUGAAAAAAGAUUUGCACUUUGGAACAUAUUGUUUUGAUUUAAACAAUGCUAAUUGUUUUGAUUUAAACAAGGUUAAUUGUUUUAUUGAGUACAAUAAUAAACUGAAGUAUGAAACUGGUGAAUAAUAAUUAAACAGCUAUAAAUAAAUGUAAACUCCUUUUUCUUUGUUUGAAAUUAAUUUAUGUCAAUUUUAUUUAAAUUUAAUAAAUGAUAUUAGCGCGUAAUCCAGUUUAUAUACUUUUUCAGUGCCAUCCAUGUUAGCUUAGUCCCAUUACUUAAUAAAAUGUGAAAAAUGUAGACAGGCCGGAUGAAAAUACCUAAUUUUGCACAGUGGUAGUCUGGACCAACACAAGACUUUUGGCUUUAAAGUAGAAAAAGUAGAAACUUCACAGGUCGCUCAACACGACAAAAACGAAAAUGUUGCAGGCUCGGUUUGAUUGAGCCUGUUCAUGGACGGUAGUGGAAAUGCAUGCUACCGUCCACGCCCUCUAGCCCCGGGAUCACAGAUCUUUAGAAGUCUGUGUUUGGAACAUUCCAAAUGGCUGCUAUAUAAAAAUGCCAUUUUAUUAUAUUUCAGAUUUUAUUAUUCCUGAUUAAUAUUUAUUGAUAAACUGAUUUAUACCUACUCCUAGGGUCAAGGAUGCAUUUGCAUAAAUUGAUGCAAUAUUCAAAUCAGUACGUCUAUACAUCUCUCCGUCCUAACUUCAAAAAUGCCUUCUUUAAAAACAAAAAAAGAACAACAACAACAAAAAAAAAAAACAACAUUACACUCACUUGUGCAUACAACUGUAUACACGAAUUCCGUAAUGUGCAGCUUGACCUGAAUUCCGUAUUGGUUAAGAGGAAACGGAUAUGUCUGACCAAAUAUUUUUGGAAGCAUAUUGUUCUUUUUGUUUCGUCCGUCUGUCCAUCCGUCACAAAAUCAUAUUCUUCAGAACAGAUGUUAUUGCUAAUUCUGAGUAUUUUGUUUAAUUUAAUCUAUAAAUAUUAAAUGCCAUGUGCAGCUAUGAAAUAAAGGGACUGUUUUUGAAAUAUACUGUUAUUAAAGCAAAAAUGUGCAUAUGUUUGUUUUAACUGCUUAAAGGGCCAUAAUGACUUUGUUUAUAAUGUGGCGGCCACAAUUGUUGUUAUGAACAUAAAAUAUAUUAAUUUCUUGUUAAAUCUUAUUUUCGAUAAUUUGUUUUAACAUAUUUUCAAAGGUUUAAAUACUUGAUUCGCAUACUGUGCGCUUUAUUCGUUCUAGCGGGCGGGGUUUCGCAACGGUCCACGGCGUUAUUGUGCAGAAUAUGUACAAUGUAGUAUAUUAGCAACUUGAUUUCUAAUUCAGUGGUCAUUUACCGCACACUGUAACCAAUGUAGCGUUGAAUUUUAGUCGUUGGUUACCAAAAUAUUACGGAAUUAAACAGUUAUAUUGCUCUA